UUUCCCCAUCUUUCUCUCUCUAAAAUUGAGGAUUCUCAUCCAACUAACUUCCGGAAAUUAUAACCCCAAAAAAAAAAAAAAAAAAAAAAACCAGUGAAGAUCUCUCCCUUCUUUCACUAGAACAAGAAGAAGAGUAAAACGACACAUUUUUACUAUUCCAAAAAAGGAAAAAAGAUGGAAGAGAAUUCCAACGACACCGGCGCCAACCGGGCCCACCGACGGGACGACGAGACCCUCAACGGCGUCGUCCACCGUCUGAUCUCCGAAAUUCUCUUCCCUGACGCGAGCGGCGACACCGCCGGUGCUCCGCUGCUGCAGCGGAUCAAGACCUCCGUCGCCGAGAACGGUCCCUUGCUUCCAGAAGCUUCUAGAAACACCGCUAGCAAUGUUCUUCUCUGGACUCGCAGGGGUAGCCCUCUCCGCGCCCUCCUCGUCAUAUCGGUUGGGACGAUCACUCUUCUUGCCUUGACAGGACUGCUAGUCUUUAUGGUUUUCUUUUUGGUGGCAACUUUCAAUGCCAUUGUUGUCUCUCUUCUCAUAUCUUUGGCUGCUGCUGGAGGAUUCUUGGCUCUUUUCUUCGCUUGUGUGACAGCUAUAUACAUCGGGGCAUUGUCCAUCGCUGCGUUUGUCAUUUCCACUACUGCAAUUACUACAAUCAUAGCUGUUCUCAUAGCUGCCGGGUGGAUUGGAUUCUUUUGCACUGUGUGGUUGGUGAUAAAGAAAAGCUUGGGAUUGGCUAAGCACUCAUUGAGCAUGACUAGUUCGGCACUUUCAGCUUACUCCACUGCUAGGCACACUCACCAACAUCAGACGGUAGACAAGGUCUCAGAUUGAAGGGUUCACACGCAUUCGAAUUCAGGUUUCAGAGUUUCGCUGAUUUGAUGCCGUCUUUUUGUGGAUCUUGUGGAAGCUGCUGCAUUUUGUUACUUGCAUGUGGAUAGAAGCAUAUGAGUUUGUCUAGUAAUUUUACCCGAGAUAACUCUACAUUGUGGCUUCUUAUUUGCUAGCUAACACUCGUAUAGCUUCUUAUCUUGUCCAUAUUAUCUACAUCUUUUUUUUACGUUUCCUGUUUUGUUUUGCACAUUUUAAUCCCGUGUCAUUCGCAUACUAUGUACAGGAAUUAAGGUCUCAAAUAACUUGAUAAAUAACAUUAAGAGUGGAUUGAAUCCUGUUGUACAAUUAAAGCAGUUAUAUUAAAACAAA